AUGUUGUUGGAGGUUGGAAGAACAGCAUUGGAGCCAGGGAAUAUUACCAAGGGGGAUAUCCUGCAAGCGUUUCCAUUCCAAAAUACUUUCGACCUAGUGACCCUUCCUGGCUCAACCUUGAGGAAAGUUUUUGAACGUAGCGUAGCGGAUCUUUCUCAAAGGGGACCACAUGAUAGUGGAGAAUUCCUUCAGGUUUCUGGAUUCAAACUAAUUUACGAUCUCAGGUUAUCUCCAGGUUCUAGAUUGGUAGAGGCCCAGGUCCAGAGUUCAGAUAAAGGAUAUGAGAGGUUGAAGGACGGACAGGAAUAUCAUGUUGUAAUGUCGGAUUAUAUUUCACGAGGAGGAGACGGAUACAAGAUGAUCAAAGAGGAGAAACUAAACCAAAGACAGGGAUUUCUGGAUUUUGAUCAAAUCUUAACUUAUCUGAAACUAUUCUCCCCUGUAUCCCCUAGAAUUCAGGGUAGAAUUGUAAUGAAAGGAGAGAUACCUGAAGAACCUGCAAGUACAAAUGAUGCAAAUGGAAAUCGGGUUCUGUCUGAGACCUUGAUUCAGAUCUGCUUUGUUAUUAGCAAUAUAUUCUUACUUAGUUAAUCAGUAUUGUUAUUAGCAAUAUAUUCUUACU